AGCUGGGUGUGGGUCGUUGCCGGCUUUCUGACCCGAGCGUUGGGAACCGGGACGCCAUGGGGCGCAAGAAGAGGAAGUCCAAGGCCGAUGAGCCCAUUAAUGUGAUUUGGUGCUACUACUGCGAGCGAGAGUUUGAUAAUGAAGAAGUCCUCAUUCAACAUCAAAAGGCAAAGCAUUUCAAGUGCCACCUCUGCAGCCGCAAAUUAUACACGGCCAGUGGGCUGGUGGUGCAUUGCAUGCAGGUUCACAAGGAAGAUGUUAAGGAGGUCCCCAACUCCCUACCCGGGCGUGAGGACCCAGAGCUUGAGGUGUUUGGCAUAGCCGGCAUCCCCGCUCAACUUCAACAGCAGAAGAACGCAGAGCGUCUUGCAAAGCGGGCCAAAGAGAGUGCUGAAGAGGCCGCAGGUGUGCCACCGCCACCACCCACGGGAGCUGGAGCCCCGCCUCCGCCGCCUCCCGGUGCCACGGGCUACCCGAUGGGGCCUGGUGGUGGCCCUCCACCUCCCCCGGCCUCUGGCGCUGGCUAUCCCCCACCACCGGGUGCACCCCCCAUGCCCUACCCGGGAGCUCCCUAUGGAGCGCCCAUGCCACCCCCGGGCAUGUACGGCCCACCUCCAGGGGCCUACCCAGGCCCUCACUAUGGCGGCCCUCCCCCUCCGGGCAUGUACCCAGGAGGCCCGCCCUUUGGCGGUCCACGCCCUCCCUAUGGGGCUCCAUAUGGCCCACCAGGAGGAGGAUACCCCAUGCCGCCCGGUCCACCUGGUGCCCGCAUGCCCCCCAUGCCCCCACCAGUCAGUGGCUAUGCGCCGCCGCCAGGAUCGGGCGCGCCGCCUGUAGCUUCGAGUGGCCCUCCAAGUGCUCCGCCGGCCUCCUACGCCCCCGGACCAACCUCUGCUAGUUCCGGUCCGCCCAUUCCCCCGCCGCAGCAUCAACAACCACCACCGCCGCCACAGCAGCAGCAGCAGCAGCCACCGCCACAGCAGCAGCAGCAAGCACAACCACCACAAGCCCAACCGCAGCAACAGGCACCGCCGCCCUUGCCUUCUGGACCGGGACAGACAACACCGGUGGCCUCGACAACACCGGCCAACGGAGUUGCUGGGGUACGCACAACAGCCUCCACAGGCUCUGUUCUGCAGCAUGUGAAUCACCCCUACCAAUGGCUUACACUGCCGGUGCGCUUUUGCAUGACCACACAGAGCUUCAUCCUGGUGGGAGAGAGCAAGAUUCAGCAUCCCGACUCGGAACUUUCCUUGCCCUCGAUGUUCAGGAGCGAAGUGCCGACCUGCUGGUUCUUCCGGCUACGGCGGAAGCCGACAAACUUCGCCUUGGCGAAAAGCCUGCAUUUUGGAUAUGAUUUGAAAGGUGUCAUGAGAACCAGCGAUAAAUGCCGGCACAUCAAGACAGAAGCUAAAAAGAGUCGAGAUGUCGGGCGCAGCUUGUCGACCAGCCGAGCAGGCGAACAAGUCAAAAAGGGUGCACAGAAGACGUCGCUACACACCGAAUGCUGCCAGUCGUCAUGA